AUGUCGACUCCCACGCAACAAACAAUGGAAGAAUACAUACCUUCAGAAUCCCCAAGUCCUAUCCUGGGUCCUCUGCGAGGCAAACCGGAUCCCAAAAGCCAAUCACCCCCCUCUCCUUCGCGAGGGCGCCCCACCUCUCAAGAUGAAUGCUCACAAACAGUUCAUGAUGCUGACAUUGCUGCGAAUGAUGUAGCUUCACCUCCACCUCCUGUCAAUGGCACACCCACUCCUGCUAUGGAAUCCCCCGCGGCUAGCAGCCCGGGUUCCCCAUUCGUCGAGCGCAGCAACCCAAUGGGUGGGGCCGGUGCCCAGACCGUCAGCUCCAAAGAUCCCAAGGCUGUGGCCCAAGCUGCCACAGACAUGAAGAACGUUGUUCGCCGAAAGCUGACGGGCUACGUUGGUUUUGCCAACCUGCCCAACCAAUGGCACCGCAAGAGUGUUCGCAAAGGAUUCAACUUCAAUGUGAUGGUUGUCGGUGAAUCGGGACUCGGAAAAUCGACUCUCGUCAACACCUUGUUCAACACCUCUCUCUACCCCCCCAAGGAGCGUACCGGCCCAAGCCAUGACAUUAUCCCCAAGACAGUGUCUAUUCAAUCCAUCAGUGCAGAUAUCGAAGAGAAUGGCGUCCGUCUUCGGCUGACUGUGGUCGACACACCCGGCUUUGGCGACUUCGUCAACAAUGAUGACUCGUGGCGUCCUAUCGUGGAGAACAUCGAGCAGAGAUACGAUGCCUACUUGGAGGCGGAGAACAAGGUUAACCGUACGAACAUCGUUGAUAACCGUAUUCACGCCUGUGUCUACUUCAUCCAGCCUACGGGCCACUCGCUCAAGCCUCUGGACAUUGAAGUCAUGCGUAGACUGCAUACCAAGGUCAACCUGAUUCCCGUCAUUGCUAAGGCCGAUACCCUGACAGACGAAGAAAUUGCCCUUUUCAAGCAAAGAAUUCUCGCAGAUAUCCAACACCACUCCAUCAAGAUCUUCGAGGGUCCUCGCUACGAGCUUGACGAUGAGGAGACUAUUGCAGAGAACCAAGAAAUUAUGUCCAAGGUUCCUUUCGCCGUUGUCGGUGCCAAUACCGAGGUCGCGACGGCCGACGGCCGUAAAGUACGCGGCCGUAGCUAUCCUUGGGGUGUCAUUGAGGUCGACAACGAGGAACACUGCGACUUUGUCAAGCUGCGUCAGAUGCUGAUCCGCACCCACAUGGAAGAACUCAAGGAACACACCAACAACACUCUCUAUGAGGAUUACCGCUCCGAGAAGCUUACCCAGAUGGGUGUUGCGCAGGACCCAAGCGUCUUCAAGGAGGUCAACCCGGCUGUCAAGCAGGAGGAAGAGCGUGCCCUGCACGAGCAGAAACUCGCCAAGAUGGAGGCAGAGAUGAAGAUGGUGUUCCAGCAGAAGGUUGCAGAAAAGGAAAGCAAGUUGAAACAGAGCGAGGACGAAUUAUAUGCCCGACAUCGCGAGAUGAAGGACCAACUGGAACGCCAACGCCAGGAGUUGGAAGAAAAGAAGUCCCGUCUCGAGAGUGGACGGCCGAUCGAAGAGAAAGGGAAGAGGAAGGGCUUUUCUCUCCGUUAA